CACCCAAAUCCACCUGCAAGCUGUGCAGAUGGCAUGAACCUUCUUCAUCAUGUGGAGAUGGAUGAAUAUGCUCCUAUCUGCAACUCUGAAAAUAUCUAUUUCCCUUUUGCAUCAAAAAGUGAAUGGGAGCUUGCAGAUUGGCUCUCGAGAGGUGCGUUAUCUCAGAAAGACAUUGACACAUACUUGCGUCUUGAGCAUAACUUGGCCUUCCCUGUCUCUUUCAUGAGUGCUAAAGAUCUCCAUUGCUGCAUAGAGUCACUGCUUGGUGUACCCUGCUGGCGAUAUCAAGAAAUCAAGGUCAAGAACUAUCCUACACAGUCACUGAUAAUGUUGUACUGGCAUGAUGGACUUGAGGUUGUGGAGCACCUGUUCAGUAACCCUGUAUUCACACAGUGUAUGGAUAUCUCUCCAUACAAGGAGUUUGAAGUUAUGGCUGAAGGCCAAGAACAAGUAUAUGGGGGAUUUAUGAGUGCUGAUGAUGCAUGGCACAUACAGGACCAACUCCCCUGCAGUCAUUCCUUCCUGGGGGUGAUUGGUGCAUCAGAUAAAACACCUCUGACAAUAGGAACGGGGAAUAAAGAAAUGCACCCUCUAUUACUUUUGCUUGUGAACAUACAUGCUGGAGUA